UUCCCUUCCCCGGCGCCCCCUGCCUUGCUCUCCCGCCCCCUCCCCCGGUUCUCCAGCCUCCCCAUUCAUUAGGUCCCCGCCCGCCCAUUCCGGGACUGCGACCUCGGGAUGCUUGGCACCUCCAUGGAAGUUUAGGGCCCGGACUGUGCAGCCCUAAAUUCGGCCCCGACAAGGGGACGCAGCCCUCGCUGCCCUGCCCGCAGGCCGGGGAAGACGGAGGAAGAUGUCUGUGCCCAGGCGGAUGCUGCGCGUCUCCAAUCGCUCCCUGUUCGCCUUCAUCUUCUUCUUCUCCCUGUCCUCGUCCUGCCUCUACUUCAUCUACGUGGCUCCCGGCAUCGCCAACACAUACCUCUUUAUGGUCCAAGCUCGAGGAAUAAUGUUGAAAGAAAAUGUGAAAACAAUAGGACAUAUGAUAAGGCUAUACACAAACAAAAACUCGACAGUCAACGGUACAGAUUAUCCUGAAGGCAAUAAUUCAAGUGAUUAUCUUGUUCAAACAACAACAUAUCUUCCAGAAAAUUUCACCUAUUCACCAUACCUCCCCUGCCCAGAAAAACUGCCUUAUAUGCGAGGAUUCCUCAAUGUCAAUGUAAGUGAAGUCAGUUUUGAUGAAAUUCAUCAACUUUUCUCCAAAGACUUGGAUUAUUGAACCAGUGAGGGACACUGGAGGCCUAAGGACUGUAAACCUAGAUGGAAGGUGGCAGUUCUCAUUCCUUUCCGCAAUCGCCAUGAACAUCUUCCAAUUUUUUUCUUACAUCUGAUUCCAAUGCUUCAGAAACAGCGGCUAGAAUUUGCUUUUUAUGUCAUCGAGCAGACGGGUACACAGCCUUUUAAUCGGGCCAUGCUUUUCAAUGUGGGCUUCAAAGAGGCCAUGAAAGACAGUGUCUGGGACUGUGUGAUCUUCCAUGAUGUGGAUCAUCUACCUGAAAAUGACCGGAACUAUUAUGGAUGUGGGGAAAUGCCUCGUCACUUUGCAACAAAGCUGGAUAAAUACAUGUAUAUACUUCCAUACAAAGAAUUUUUUGGUGGUGUAAGUGGACUAACUGUGGAGCAAUUUAGAAAGAUAAAUGGCUUUCCUAAUGCCUUCUGGGGAUGGGGAGGAGAAGAUGAUGAUCUGUGGAAUAGAGUUCACUAUGCUGGAUAUAAUGUAACAAGACCAGAGGGAGAUUUGGGAAAGUACAAAUCUAUUCCUCAUCAUCACAGAGGGGAAGUUCAGUUUUUAGGACGGUAUAAAUUACUAAGAUAUUCGAAAGAACGUCAGUACAUCGAUGGAUUGAAUAAUUUAAUAUGCACACCAAAAGUACUGGUUGAUAGGUUGUAUACAAAUAUAUCUGUAAACCUCACGCCAGAGUUAGCUCCGAUUGAAGACUAUUAAAAGAAGUAGCCUUCAUGGCUGGCUGGAUCACAAUGCUGGAUAAUAAACUUAUAGCAAACUCUUAGUGGAGGACUGUGAACGGAUGUGUCCCAGUGCCCUGUGAGAUGAGCUAAGAGGCCCCAGUGUUUACAGUGCAGGAUCAUCGAGUCAGCCUCGUCCCACUCAUCCUGUACAUGGAAAUACCCCAUGGGAACUGCAGCAGACACCAGAUGCCAUUGCUUAAGACUGGAAGUUAAGGGGACUCCUUACAAAGAGAACAUUUUUAUACUGAAAUCUGUAAUUUAAUUGAAGAGAAUGCUUUAUUUCUGUUUAAACCUAUUUUGUACAUAUGUGAUAUAAAGUAAUGUGUUCAACAUGUUGAGAACUUAGAUGUGUUGCAGUUUUGCAUGCGAUUGGUUAUGCCUUUAUGGGAUUUUUAUAGACAUUUUUUAUUUGCAUGGGGAAACCAGUGUAAAUUUAUGUCAUUAAACAAAGGUUAACCCUUGUGUGAAAUGAAGGAACUGUCAAUAAUUGACAGGCAACUAAUACAGUAAACUGUUAUACUAGUUUUGAGCUAUAGACCUUCAGUCUUUUGUGUGGAAGAAGUACAGCUCUCCUAGAGUUUUAAAGGGUGAGAAAGGGAGGGCUUAAACAGCUUUUUCUUCCUUAUAGGAUCACCUAUUUUAUUCCUUGCUUGCAAUCUCAUCAGAUUUUGCUAAAUCACAACCAUAUUGUUUAUGCAUAUUGCAUGAGUAUUACCAAGAAAAAAAUCUUAAAAGUUGUGAUGUAACAUGAUAUAAAGGAUCUUUUUUUUUAAUGUUAAUUGUCUUUCAUGUACCUCUGGUGUGAGUGUCAAGGAUUUUGUGUCUCAAAAUGUUCUGUGUGUUUGUAUUUUCUUUUGAAAAAAAAAACUUUAUUUUUUUUUUAAAUUCUUAGUGAAUAACAGUUUCAUUAUUUCCAUUUCAGAAAGAAAACCAAAAAGAAAACUUUAUUUAAAAAAAUAAGGACCACUUUCUUUUACAAGAAUGAGCUUUUGGAAAGUGCAGUACUACUUAAAAUAUACAAAUGGAUUAUACUAUUAGAUAAAUGUUCUAUUUUUAUGAAGAUAAAUGUUUAAUAGAUUAAAACAAAUUUUAAUUCUUAGAUUCUUGGAAUUUCAGGUUUUGAAGAGAUCCCUUAUUGACAAAUUUUAUUCAGAUCAUUUUCAUUUACAAAUUAUAUCUCUGAUAUAAAUUAUUAAAAUAUUCUCAUUAAAAACAUAAAUGAACAGAACUAUGUUAAAAUACACAAUCAGUUAUUCAAUAUAUGUUAUGAAAUGCUUCUCUGAAAACAGGUCUCACUAUCUGACAUCAAAGACAUUACUUUCCUCUAAAGUUUGACUGCUAUUUUUAUGGCAAUACCAGACCAUAUCCUUGCUUUGAAAACUAUUAUUGUUAACCAAAGAUUAUUUAAAAUAUUCAGAUAUUUUCACAAGCUUAAAGCGAAACAUUGUAUAUUUGUAAGGUGAAUUUACAGCAAUGCAGAACAAUAGAAAUUUAUAAGUGAGAACUACUUUUAUUAUGUUUGCUCAUGAGUUGUUCACCUAAAAUAGAAAUAUGGUUAUCUUAGGUUGUAAUUUUUAUUUCGAGGUAUCAUAUUGAGCAUUAUUGCUGACUCAAAUGACCAUAAACAAGAUCAUGAAAAAUUGAUUUUCAAUACUUCAAAAAAAAUUGGUGGACCUAACAUACCAAACAGGAUUGUCCAAAACUUGUUUCUUAGAAAUAGUUCUAAAUACUUAACUCUACCUUUUUGUGUGCUAUUACUCAAAAUAAUGAGAAAUUAAACAUUAUGAAAAAUAAUAUCUUAAAAAAUUAUGUUAUUUUCUGUCCUGUAGUCAGUGUAGUUUUAAAAUUUAAGUGAAAGAAAGUGGACGGUGAAUGUUAAUAUUUGUUGAUUAUCUAAAGAUGGUAAGGACAUAGGAGCAUAACUAACAUAUUUUAGGUGGGGGAAAAUUAGGGCUGUUUUUGAAUUUUAUUAGUAAAACAUUUUUAUUUUUGAUGUGGUACUUCCCACAUUUUGGAGUCUUUUAAUUUUGAUACACAUUUUUCAACUUAAAGAGGACUCAGUACUACUUGUUUUGCCUAUUUUCUUGAAUUACAUUUAAUUAAUUUUUUUGAGAAGUGGUACAAAAUGUUUUCUUUUUUAAAAUUUUCAAUGUGAUAUACUGUUCUGUAAAAGUAAUUACAUUUUUGUUUUGCCUUUUUAGUACAUACUUAAAAUUGAUUUUGCCUAUAAUUAAUGAUUUUGUUAUAUUUUCAUAAGAGAGACAGAGCUUUGUCCAGUUCUUAUUUCUAUGAAAACAAAUGUUUCAUAAAUAUUAACAAAUGCCUUGAAAAUACAAACUAACAUGUUUAUGUCUAAUGAAAUGAUUCGUGAACAUACUGAUUACCUGCUUGGUAUUAGGUGCAAUGCUCGAUUUAUCUACAGAGAAAAUAUUUAUUUCAUUUGCUAAAAAAUCAAAUAGGUUGAAACCUUUUAAAAUGAUGAAGAUAGUCUUAGAAACUUAUCUCUUAUAUUUUCAGUUUCAAAGUCAAGUAAUUGUAGACAUUUUUUAUGAAGUUCCUACGGCACUAUUGGGAAAGUUAUAUAGUGUCUCUCAGCUAGGAAGUAAGAAUGAUUAAUGGGCUUACUUGUUGAAAAGGUUAAAAGUGCUCAUAUCUGUAUUGUCAUUGUUUAAUUCACAGUGGAAUUAGUUAUUUCAGUCUGUGCCAGAACUAGAAUUUAGUGAAUAUUUCUUUAAUUUGGAUUUGUUUAUAUUUUAUGAAAAUGUAUUCAGUAAGGAAACCUUAUUUACAUUCUUAUGUAAAUAAAAAUAUAUCAGAAACUUGCUUUACUUCUUUCUCAGAAAUGAUAUUAAUAUCCAUUUUCAGACAAAGUGAAAAAUAUCUAAUACACUAGUCUCCUCCUUUGGGAGACUUCCUACAAAUGAAGGCAUAUUUUGUAUAAUUUUAUUUGGCCUUUGCUUAUCUCUUAUAAUUCUUUGCAUACAUUUCAGGUGAAUAUUGCUAUUUUCUAUUUAUUACCUUUUAUUUGCAAAUAUGCCAACUGAGAGAACUAAAAUCUUCUAGCACUGUUUAUCAGAAAAAAGUGUACUUAAAAUUAUUUUAUUUAUUAAGAUCUGAAAGGCUUCUACAUAAAUGCACUGAAAUAAAUGCUAGCAAUUUCUUGUACUCAUUUUAUUUUGCUUCUCAUAGAAAUGUUUGUACUUUUUUAUCAUUGUCUUUUAUGAAAUAUAAUGUUCUAAAUAA